AUGACGCACGAGAUGAUGGCUUCGGCAAGGCCUGCGCUAAGCUACAAGGGGUACUCGCGCAAGACUCCAACACCAAACCUCUUCCAUCGUGAUGCGGCAUCCGCGCAACGCCCGCAAACACAUGCACCCUCUUUACUCGGCCUGAUUGAGGAUGAGAUGAGGAGGACGCAGAAGAACAAGGCUACAGAAUACCAUCUCGGUCUUCUCAAAGGAAAACUCGCGCGCCUGCGUGCCCAACUUCUCGAGCCCGGUCCAGGCGCGGGUGGUGGUGGCGGAAGUGGUUUCGACGUGUCCAAGUCAGGUGAUGCGCGUAUAGCCCUUGUCGGCUUCCCCUCUGUCGGAAAGUCUACGUUUCUCUCGAGAAUCACAAAGACCAAGUCUGAGGCGGCGGCGUACUCCUUCACCACGUUGACGGCCAUUCCCGGCGUGCUCGAGUAUGGUGGUGCGGAGAUUCAGGUGCUCGAUCUCCCGGGUAUUAUCGAGGGGGCGGCCGAGGGCAAGGGACGGGGGAGACAGGUUAUCAGUGCGGCGAAGACGAGCGAUUUGAUUUGCAUGAUUCUUGAUGCGACGAAGAAGGCUGAGCAAAGACGGUUACUCGAGGCCGAACUGGAAGCCGUAGGCAUCAGACUGAACCGCGAACCACCCAACAUCUACCUCAAGCCCAAAAAAGCAGGCGGAAUGAAAAUCAACUUCCAAACCCCCCCCAAAUACCUCGACGAAAAAAUGGUCUACAACAUCCUCAAAGACUACAAGAUGCUCAACUGCGAAGUCCUCAUCCGCGACGACUCGGCCACUGUCGACGACUUCAUCGACACAAUCAUGAAAGACCACCGAAAAUACAUCAAAUGCCUCUACGUCUACAACAAAAUCGACUCCAUCGGCCUCCCCCACCUCGACGCCCUCGCGCGCGAACCCCACACCGUCGUCAUGAGCUGCGAACUCGACUUGGGCAUCAACGACGUCGUUGAUCGCUGCUGGCAGGAGUUGCGUCUGAUUCGGAUUUAUACGAAGAGGAAGGGGAAGGAUCCGGAUUUUUCAGAGGCGCUGAUUGUGAGGCAUGGGAGCACGAUUGAGGAUGUUUGUGAUCAGGUGCAUCGGUCGCUCAAGGAGUCGUUCAAGCAUGCGUUGGUGUGGGGGGCGAGUGCGAGACAUGUGCCGCAGAGGGUGGGGUUGGGGCAUGUGGUUUGUGAUGAGGAUGUGGUUAGUAUAGUGGCCAAAUGA